UAAAUUUAGAUCAGUUUGUAAAUUAAGAUUAUUUCUGCUUAAUAUUUUGUUUUUUAAAUUAAUUUUUACUCAUUUAAUUUUUAGUUCAUAAUUUAGAUUGAUUAGAUCAAUUUCAAAUCGAAUUGUAUAAAUAAUUGAGUUGACCCUUAAUUAAAUUCUUAUUUUUUAAAUUAUUUGAGUUUGAAUAUUUUUAUAUUUUAUAAAUUGUUAUCAAAUAGACGAAUGAGGUCCAAAUUUAUCAGAAAGAGAAGCGUUGCAACUUGUAGAAAAUAAUAUAUUUUCUAAAAAUAUAGAUGAGGGAACCUGUAGACUUGUAGUAGAAAAUAAUAGCAUUAAUUGAUUAAUGACUUUUGAGUUAAAACCAAACCACAUGGUGUUGAUUUUUUUUUCUUUUUUUUUUUUUGGCUUGGGUCCCACUGGACUCUUCCCUGCCUAUAAAAGGCUAAAGCCUUCUGCAUUAGGAUGCAAGAGAGAAAUUAGCAAUAGACGAUUCCACAUAUAAAUUAUUAGAAAUGGAGAUAAUGAAAGAGUGUUGGAUAUUGGUGAUGAUUUUACUAUUGCGAGGGAGUUGGUGCUCUGAUGGUUGUUUGGAGCAUGAGAGAAUUGCUCUUUUGCAACUCAAGUUUGAGUUCAUUUCUUCUUCUUAUGAGAUGCCUUCCAGGGAUAUAUUUUUUAGUUCUCAUGAUUAUGAUUAUGAUAUGCCUCUUUGGGGUGUAAAUACUGACUGCUGUAAUUGGGGAGGGGUAAAGUGCAACACCACCACAGGGCAUGUUGUGGAACUCUCUCUUGACGGUAUAAGAAGAGGAGGAGAUUGGUAUCUAAAUGCUUCUUUGUUUCUACCCUUUCAACAACUGAAGAAUCUUUCCUUAUACGGAAAUAAUAUAGCUGGUUGCAUUAAGAAUGAAGGUUUUGAAAGGUUAUCGGUACUUGACAAUUUGGAGCUUCUUGAUUUAAGUGUCAACCAUUUCAAUAACAACAUCUUAUCAUCUCUGAGUGGUCUUUCAUUUUUAAAAUUUUUAUAUCUAUAUGAAAAUAGAUUGAAAGGAAUAAUUAAUAUUGAAGGUGGUGAAGAAUUACUAAAGCUGAGUAAUUUGCAGAUUCUUGAUUUGAGUUAUAAUAAUUUUAGUAUCAACAAUUUAUCAUUUUUCAAUGGGCUGUCAUCUCUCAAAAGUUUAUCCAUAGCAAACAUUCAAUUGAAAGGACCAUUCGAUUUGAAAGAAUUGGGUUUAAGCCAAUUGGAGGAAUUGGACUUGGGCGAAAACAACAUUACAAAAUUUGUGGACUCAAGAGAAACAAGGAGUUCAAACAAUAUAAGAGUGCUCUAUCUAUAUGGUAUCACCAUAAAAGGAAGCAUAUUAUUAGAAUCACUGAGAGUAUUGACUCACCUUAAAAGCCUCUACUUACGGGGAAGUAAUUUCGAAGGGACAAUACCAGGUCAAGGCUUGCCUCAUCUAAAGGAUUUGGAAUAUCUAGCAUUGGACGGGUCUAUCAUCAACAACAACAUUCUACAAUCAAUUGGAGUAAUGUCUUCUCUUAAGGAAUUAUCAUUGCGUGGUUGUGAACUUAACGACACGAAUUUUUUAAACCAAGGCUUGCCUCAUCUAAAGGAUUUGGAAUAUCUAGCAUUGGACGGGUCUAUCAUCAACAACAACAUUCUACAAUCAAUUGGAGUAAUGUCUUCUCUUAAGAAAUUAUCAUUGAGUGGUUGUGAACUUAAUGACACGAAGUUUUUAAACCAAGGCUUGCCUCAUCUAAAGGAUUUGGAAUAUCUAGAAUUGGACGGGUCUAUCAUCAACAACAACAUUCUACAAUCAAUUGGAGUAAUGUCUUCUCUUAAGAAAUUAUCAUUGCGUGGUUGUGAACUUAAUGACACGAAGUUUUUAAACCAAGGCUUGCCUCAUCUAAAGGAUUUGGAAUAUCUAGAAUUGGACGGCUCUAUUAUCAACAACAACAUUCUACAAUCAAUUGGAGUAAUGUCUUCUCUUAAGAAAUUGUCACUGAGUGGUUGUGAACUUAAUGACACAAAGUUUUUAAACCAAGGUGUGUGUAAACUAAAACAACUCCAAGAUUUAGACAUUUCCGAUAAUGAAAUCAGUGGUAGCUUGCCUUCAUGUCUUGCCAACUUGACAUCUCUUCAAUUUUUGUAUCUCUCUUCCAAUAAUUUCAUCGGAAACAUCUCUUUAUCUGCACUUAGAGGUUUAACGAACCUUGAACAUCUAGAUGUCUCAGACAAUCUUUUCCAAAUCCCAAUCUCAAUGAGUCCAUUUUUCAACCAUUCAAAACUCAAAUUCUUUGAAAAUGUGGGUACAAAUAAAAUAUAUGCAGAAACAAAUGAUCAAAAUUUGACCCCAAAGUUUCAAUUAGAUCAUCUCUCUCUCUCUGGUUAUGCAUGCGGUGGAGCAUUCCCCAAAUUCCUCUAUCAUCAACACAAUCUACAAUAUGUUGAUCUCUCAAGCUUGAAAAUGGGAGGAGGGUUUCCAUAUUGGUUGUUAGAAAACAACACAAAACUAGAAGGCCUUUUUUUAAACAACAAUUCCCUUUCAGGACCUCUUCAAUUACCACAUCAUUUUCAUAUGAAUUUGUCAGAGUUAGAUAUCUCAGAUAAUUUCUUCCAUGGCAAUAUUCCACUGCAGAUAGGAACAUAUUUGCCGAGAUUGAGAUAUAUGGACUUGUCUUCAAAUGGUUUCAAUGGUAGCAUUCCCUCUUCAUUUGGAAAUAUGAGCUUAUUGCGAAGCUUAGACUUAUCCAAUAACAAAUUGUCGGGUACUAUACCUAAGCACUUAACCAUGGAUUGUGUUUCAUUAAGAGAAUUUUAUUUGUCUAAAAAUCAGUUGCAAGGAUCAUUGAAACAUGCAUUUUGUGAUUGCCCUAAAUUGGUUGUGCUGGAUCUUAGCCAUAACAACAUGACUGGAAGCAUUCCAUCCGGGAUUGGAAGAUUUUCUCAAUUGAGCUAUAUGAUCUUGGGUCAUAAUAACAUUGAAGGGGAAAUCCCAAUUCAAUUAUGCAAUUUGACUCAAUUAAGUUUGAUUGAUCUUUCGCAUAAUAAUCUCUCUGGUCAUAUUCUCCCUUGUCUAAGAUCUACAAGUAAUUCAUAUAUUUCAAUAGCAGAUAUGCUUAUUACGGAUGAAGCUUUAGAGUUUACAACAAAGAGUAGAUCAUAUUCUUACAAAAGAGAUAUGCUAUCUUAUAUGUCUGGAAUUGAUCUCUCAUGCAACAAUUUGACAGGCCAAAUUCCUAUCCAAAUUGGAAGCCUCAAUGAGAUCCAUGUACUAAAUUUGUCCCAUAACAAUUUGAUAGGAAAAAUCCCAGCAUCAUUUUCCAACUUAAGCCAAGUUGAGAGCUUGGAUCUUUCAUACAACAACUUGCAAGGCCACAUCCCUUCCCAGCUCACUGAGCUAAAUUUUUUGGAAGUUUUCAAUGUGUCAUACAAUAAUUUAUCUGGUAGAACACCUGAAAGGGUUGCACAAUUUGCAACAUUUGAUGAAAGCAGCUAUCGAGGUAACCCUCUUCUUUAUGGAUGGCCAAUGCAAAAGAACUGGAUUGUAAUGGUAUCUCCUCCAUCAACUUCAAGAAGUUCAAUUAACGAUGAAGAAAGUAAUUUUUUUCAUGGAUAUGGGUGUUUUCUAUGUGAGUUUUGGGGUGACUUACAUUAUGGUCUUAUUGGCAAUUGCCACAGUUCUAUUCAUAAAUCCAUAUUGGCGACAUGUUUGGUUUUACUUCAUUCAGAUUAGUAUAGACAAUUGCUAUUAUUUUAUAGUAGACAAUUUUGCUUUUUUAUCCAAGCUUAAAUUAUUUUGUAGAUAAAUGUAUUAUGUAUUUAUGUAUCUUUUUAUUAACCUCGACUUUGAGAUUGAAACUCAAACAGUCAUAUUAAUCAAUGGAUAUUUUAUACGUUCAUGUA